AUGUAUCUAUCGUCUUUUAUAUCUGACUAUCUCUCAGUCUAUCUAUCUAUCGAUUUAUCUAUCUGUGUAUCUAUCUAUCUAUUUAUCUUUUCAUAUCUAUCUAUCUAUCUAUCUAUCUAUCUAUCUCCCUUUUCAUUUUCCAAUCUAGCUAGCUCAAUCCUUUUUCAUGUAUCUAUCGUUAUAUCUGACUCUCUCUCAGUCUGUCUAUCGAUCAAAAAUCUAUUUGCGUCUUUUUCAUCUAUCUAUCUAUCUAUCUAUCUAUCUAUCUAUCUAUCUAUCUAUCUAUCUCCCUUUUCAUUUUCCAAUCUAGCUAGCUCAAACCUUUUUUUCAUGUAUCUAUCGUUAUAUCUGACUCUCUCUCAGUCUGUCUAUCGAUCAAUCUAUUGCGUCUUUUUUUUUAUCUAUCUAUCUAUCUAUCUAUCUAUCUAUCUAUCUAUCUAUCUCCCUUUUCAUUUUCCAAUCUAG